AUGACUCUCUUCAUCCUCACCGAGACCAGCGCGGGUUAUGCCCUGCUGAAGGCCAAGGACAAGAAGCUGUUGAAGAGGGAUGAUUUGUCCACGGAGACUGCCACUCCUGAGGGCGUGUCGAAUCUGUUGAAGCUGAAGAGCUUCCAGAAAUUCGACAGUGCCGCUACAGCUCUGGAGGAAGUCGCCUCGCUCGUGGAAGGAAAAGUCACCCCUCGUCUUGCCGGACUUCUCGACGAGAUCAAAGAUGAAAAGAAGGUCUCGCUGGCCGUGGCCGACCCCAAGCUCGGUAACGCCAUUGGCAAGCUUCCCGGUCUUGAUAUCCAGCUCGUUGCGGACUCGACCACCACCGACAUCUACCGUGCCAUCCGUGAACACCUGCCCACCCUGAUCCCCGGCCUUCUCCCCCAGGAUAUGUCCACCAUGUCUCUGGGUCUGUCUCACUCACUCGCCCGUCACAAGCUCAAGUUCUCGCCGGAUAAAAUCGACACGAUGAUUGUGCAGGCCAUCGCCCUGCUGGAUGAUCUGGACAAGGAGUUGAACAACUACGCCAUGCGUGUGAAGGAAUGGUACGGCUGGCAUUUCCCCGAACUGGCCAAGAUCCUCAACGACAACAUUGCCUACGCCAAGCUCGUGCUGAAGAUGGGCAUGCGCUCCAACUUCGAGUCCGCCGACCUUGCCGAGAUCCUCCCCGAGGAGAUUGAGGGUGCCGUCAAGGCCGCCGCGGACCGCUCGAUGGGUACGGAGAUCAGCCAGGAGGAUCUGGAGAACAUCCAGGCUCUGGCCGAGCAGGUCGUCGGCUUCUCCGAGUACCGUCAGCAGCUGGCCAGCUACCUGACCGCUCGGAUGAAUGCCAUUGCCCCCAACUUGACCGCCCUUGUCGGCGAACUGGUCGGUGCGCGUCUCAUCGCCCACGCCGGUAGCCUGACCAAUCUCUCCAAGAGCCCGGCCUCGACGCUCCAGAUUCUGGGAGCCGAGAAGGCGCUCUUCCGUGCACUGAAGACCAAGCACGACACCCCCAAGUACGGUCUCAUCUACCACGCCUCGCUGAUCGGCCAGGCCACCGGUAAGAACAAGGGCAAGAUGGCCCGUGUUCUCGCCGCCAAGGCAUCCCUCGGUCUCCGUGUGGAUGCCCUCGCCGAGUGGGACGACGACGUGACGGAGGAGGACAAGGCCGCCCUCGGUACGGAAGCCCGCUUCAACCUGGAGCGGAAACUGGCCGCCAUGGAAGGCAAGCCCCUCAAGCCCCGCGGCGUGGCGAUCGCCCCCAACGGCACGCCCGCGCAGCCCAAGAAGUUCGACAUCAACGAGGCUCGGAAAUACAAUGCGGAUGCUGAUGCGAUGGUCGACGACGAGCCCAAGUCCGCCAAGAAGCAGAAGAAGCUGGUGGAGGAGGUGCAGGAUGAGGAGAUGGCCGACGCCAACGGCGCGUCCGACUCCGACUCGUCGGAAGAGGAGUCCAGCAAGAAAUCCAAGAAGGGCAAGUCUGAUCUGGAGAAGAUGGCCGAGAAGGCCGGCCUGAGCGUCAAGCGGUACCAGCGCAAGCUGGAGCGCGGCGAGAUCGAGUUCGACGCGGAGGGCAACCCGACGGCGGUCAGCAAGAAGGACUUGAAGAAGGCCAAGAAGGAAGCCAAGAAGGCGUCCAAGGGCGAUGACAAGAAGCGCAAGCGGUCCGACGAGGGCGAGGGAGUGGACAACGCGGAGAAAAAGAAGAAGAAGAAGAAGAAGGACGAGUAA